AUUACAGUUUACCGAUAAAAUUCUGUGUGUAGUAAAAUUGUGUGUCCAGUCAUUGAAACGUGCACGUAUGCUGCAAUAUAGCUUACAAUUAGAUUUUUUGCAUCGAGAAAACAGCACGCUAAUGUUAAGGUAGAAUCAGGCAUACAUUGGACAGCUAUUACUACGUGCAAUUGUGGAAACGGAUAAACUUAAUGUUGAGUUGGCAAUUUGGCUUUAACGUGAAUUUGCCUCCCAUCUUAUCUCUCUUAGAGCUGACUGUAACUGCAUUUUAUACUUUUCAAUUAGCAUAUGUAUGCACAGUUAACAGACACUAAUAUCGGUGUGUGUCUGCGGUCGCCACGCAGCGGUGCGGUUAACCUCAGUGCUCAUUAGCCAGCCAGCUAACGUAAUACAUCUCGGGCUGCUCACAGGUCAACUUUCAGCUUUUUACCAGUUUUAUUUGUUUGAUAUUAAGUAAACGUGCUGGAGGGUCGGAUGAGGCCGUUGUCAUGACGCUGAGGAGAGUAAACGUGGUCAUCCUUGUGCUCCUGGCUUUGGCCUUCCUCAUCAUAGUUCAACGAAAUCUCCUCAACCUCAGUGAUUUUCUACACAAAGAAAACAUAGAUGCUGGGGUGAUUCUUCCUUUUGAGUCCGAGUUGUCUCCUGACCUCAGACUCGAGUCAGCGAGGACGGGCGAGGAGAUCCCUGUUCUCAUCACUGCUGCUGAGGAGAGACUUGGAGCUGUGGUUGCUGCCAUGAACAGUGUCUACCAGAACAGUAAAGCCAAUGUUGUCUUCACCAUAGUGACCCUGAACGACACAGUGGAUCACCUCAAUGUGUGGCUGAGCAAGACAACUCUAAAAAAUAUCAAAUAUAAGAUAGUUAUUUUCAAGCCUGAGCUCCUCAGUGGGAAGAUAUCUAAAGAUCCUCAGACGCUGGAAAAACCGCUGACGUUUGCCAGGUAUUAUCUGCCUUUAUACAUACCCGAGGCAGAGAAAGCCAUCUAUUUGGAUGAUGAUAUCAUUGUACAAGCGGAUAUUCAAGAGCUUUAUGACACCAACCUUAAACUUGGACACGCUGCUGCCUUCUCUGAUGACUGUGAUUCAGCGUCUGCUAAGGGCAUCGUUCGAGGGGCUGGAAAUCAGAAUAACUAUUUAGGUUUCCUGGACUUCAAGAAGGACGCUAUCAAAAAGCUGGGGAUGAGGGCCAACACGUGCUCCUUCAACCCCGGGGUCAUCAUCGCCAACCUGACUGAGUGGAAGAACCAGAACAUCACCGGGCAGCUGAAGCACUGGAUGGAGCUGAACACACAGAAGGAUCUGUACAGUAAGACACUGGCAGAGAGUGUCACCACUCCCCCGCUCCUUAUUGUUUUCUACAAACGUCACUCCACCAUUGACCCCAUGUGGCACAUCAGGCACCUUGGCCUGACAGGUGCUGGCAACCGCUACUCACCACAGUUUGUGAAAGCUGCCAAACUCCUCCACUGGAAUGGACACUAUAAGCCUUGGGGGAGAACCUCCUCCUUUACUGAUGUGUGGGACAAGUGGUACAUUCCAGACCCGACGGGAAAAUUUCAUCCCAUGCGAAAACACGCAGGGGACAACUAGACUGGACUUUUUUUUUUUCUUUUCUUUUCGUUUUUUCAUUCAACCAGCCAAGCCAGCCUUAUCCAGGCAGGACCACGCCUCGUGAUAUCUCAGGAACAAACUCAAAUAUGAAGAGAGGCCCUGUAUUUGAUUCUGUCAUCCUCAGAAAAUGUAGACGUGUGUACUCUGUGUCCCUUGAAAACAUAAAUUUCAUCCCUUUUUUUUUUUCUAUACCCAGAGGAUUAUAUUGUUACUUGGAGUGCACAUAUUUUCCACAGCUGCUAAGUCCAGAAACUCAGUGCCCUUGAGAUUGCUUUUGACUGUUUCACUAAAAAAAAAGUGUUUUCCAGUAUAUGAUCAGAAUGGUGUUCCACCCUCAACAUCACCUUGAUAGAAACUGAUGCAUCAACCUUAGUCAGCAGUAACAAUACCUUGUGACAAUGUGCCAAAACCACCAUGUACAUAACCAGCUUAAGCCAUCACUGUUCAAGUAAUCAAUGAGUGUCAUUUUGGUGUGUUUAUAUGCAGCUUAAUAAUGAGUAACUUGCUUUACUUGCAAACUGAAGGAUUUUAUACAGUUACCUCGGCUAUAAUGGUGCAGUAGUCAGCCCGAGUUAAUAAGUGACUUGAACAUAUUCCCCUCAGUUAUUAAUUGUAAUCAUAUUAGCCAUGCACAUGCCUGAUCUUAUUACCUCAAUUCAAUACUUCCUGUGGAAAAGUGAUAAAUUUUAUCAUACUUAAUUGCACAUUUUGACAGCUUCUAACAGUGAUCUGUGCUUGUCUCAGCAAGCGAGACAUCAGUUAGUUAGAAAAUGCAGUUCAAGUCCUUUUUCCUACAUAAAUCCACUACAGUACAACACCAGUUAAUUGCAGCAAAGUUAAUGGUGCAGUAGCUUUUCGAUUUGCCCCAGCUAUCCAUUUAUUAUGCCAUAAGUGAACACUAAUUCAGUAUUGUACUGCCUCUUUUGCUGAACUGUUACAGUGUGGUUUUUAAUGACAUUAUAUGCAGACCACUAAGCAAGCUGCAGCUCUGCAGAAAUUGGAGAACAUAAUGUUUGCACAAAGUGUUUUAUCCCAUCAUUGUCAGGAUUUUUAUACUUUUUCAAAUGCAUUCACCUUGCUGGUGUAAAUAUUUGUCAUCUUUUGUAUAGUAAAGGAAAUAAAUCCUACAUUUUUAUCAUU